AUGGCAGUAAAUGACCCAAUGUAUCAUCUUAUUAUUGUCUGUUGUCAUGCAAUUUAUCUUGGAGGACCACAGAAUGGUGAUGAUGAGGGGGAAUGGAUGAUUGAAUCUUUUCAAAAGGGGGGAGACAUCAACCUUCGUGAAGCACGUCAAGGCUGGAUUGAAAGUGCUAGCUGCAGAUCCUCACGCACUGCUCAUAUUCUCUGGAAUCUCUGCAAAGACAAUGGUUAUUUCCAGAAUUCGCUAGACUUGAAGAUUGACUCGUCAAAAGUCCUCACAGAGGAACAUGCAACAGAUUCUUAUCAGAAUGUCCUAUUUUCAUUACUUUGCUUCCGACUCCAUACAGGUGUCUACCCUCGAAGUGUCACUGUAGUGACACAUGAGUUCAAGAGGGCUCGAUUUAUGGAAUGUCAUUUCCCCGCUGUAGGACUUCUCCCUCAUGAUGAACAGUCUACAGAUAAUCGGAAUAUUUCUGUGAUCGGUAUCAACCCUCCUGAGGAGGUAACUCCUCAGGAGACGUUGAUCCAAGGUGAGACAUCAAAAGGUAUUGGACUCUGGAGACAUGAUUUAUAUGGAGUUGGUCGGAAACUGGCUGCAAAAAGGUCCCAACGGGGCUGGAAGUCAGGGAUGGAGCUUGGUAUCUUUGUCAACAAUGGACUUGAAGAGGUUGUGGAGCAGUUAGUGUGCUGGCAUAGUGAUAAAGGCGAUGAAUGGUUCCCGAGGAUGAAGGAAUUGCCCUGGUUCUGUGAAGACACAGCAUAG